AUGUUGGUGUUUCAAGAUAUGGUCCGUGAUGUGCCCUACACAGAACUCACACAUGCCGCAUUCUGGGUCGAAUUCAUUGAACGGCAUCAAGAGGUACCACAUGCACGCUCUGGAGCCGAUAAACUCAACGUCUUCCAGUAUUUCCUUGUCGAUGUCAUCGCAUUUAUGAUCUCUGUACUUAUGCUGUCCAUAGCCACUGUAUAUCUCAUAAUUAGAACGACUUUUAGAAUUAUUAUGUAUUUUAUAAGCCGAGUAUUCCGUCGAACUCCGUUACCCAGUCCAUCUAAGCAAAUGAACAGCAAGAAAACAAACUAA